UUCAUCAUCGAUGAAGUAUCAUCAAAAUUUUUCAAUUUUUCCGUACUCCUCUAUGAACGUUUUUGAAAAUUUAGUAUUAUUGAUACGGUGAUGUGAACUCGUACCUAAUAUUGACCCUAAAUCUCCUAUUCAAAAGACUUUUCUUCGAAUUAACGAUCAAAUAAUUAUGCUCCAAUUAAAAAAUUAUGUUCGAAUUUUGCUCGUAGUGUAUUUAAGCUCGUGUGUGUGUUCUCAAUACCAACGCAAGGGGAAAAGAAAUUGGCAAAAACCACCCUUGACUUCGGCGGUACCUUUAACAGACGAAGACCAUGAAAAGCAUUUGGCUCCGUUGAUACGAAAGGGUUGGAUGGUCGAUAGAAAUAUUUCUGUGGCUAAAAUGAAGAAAGAUUUCAUUUUUAGGAGUUUUUUCGGAGCGUUCGGGUUCAUGAGCCAUAUUGCGAUGUUCUGCGAAGAAACCAAUCAUUUCCCGGAAUGGUUCAACGUUUAUAAAGUGGUCAAAAUAUCGUUAUCGACGAAACACAUCAAAACCCUGAGUCAACGAGAUAUUACUUUGGCUAAUUAUAUCGAGCAAGUCGUCGGGAUCUAUCAGAAUAUAUAACGUUCUGUAUUUCAGGAGAAAAAUCCCAAUCAAUCGGUAGCACGUUCGAAGUACAGAAAUACUUAUACAGGGUGUAGCGAAAGUUACGAAAGCGAAUUAUCCUUAUUCUGAAUUUUCAAAACAUGCAUUCUGAAACAUCUUGUAGCCUACUACCUAUUUUGUUUUCAGAACAACAAAUUAUUUCAAAAACACAAUAAUAAAAAUAAAACAAAUUCAUAAUUAUAUUCAGUUCUUUAAAAUUUCGUAAUUAUAACGGUAAUUUAAACGUAUUAUUCACAUUAAAACAUACUUACACAA